AUUAAUAAGUCUCUGGUCUUGCUGUACGUUUGACAAGCCGCUUAUCCCUCUGCCGCCAGAGUUAUGGAGCUCCCCUUCCGGAAAGACUUGGAGAAGUACAAGGACCUUGACGAGGACGAAAUCCUGGGGAAGUUGUCGGAAGAGGAGUUGAAGCAGCUGGAAUCCGUGCUGGAUGACCUUGACCCAGAGAAUGCGCUUCUGCCCGCAGGAUUCCGGCAAAAGGACCAGACUGUCAAAAAGCCCUCCGGUCCUUUUGACAGAGAGAAACUCCUUGCGUAUCUGGAGAAACAAGCACUGGAGCAUAAGGACAGGGAAGACGUUGUCCCUUACACAGGAGAGAAAAAAGGGAAAGUAUUUAUCCCCAAACAGAAACCAGUACAGUCUUACACAGAAGAAAAAGUGACUCUUGAUCCAGAACUGGAAGAAGCAUUGACAAGUGCCACAGACACUGAACUGUGCGACCUUGCAGCUAUCCUAGGAAUGCACAACUUGAUAAGCAGUGCUCAGUUUUGUGACAUCAUAGGAAGUAGCAACGGAGUUGGCAACGAAAGCUUCACAAAUGUAGUCAAAGGGGAAAAGAUCACAGCGGUCUUUGAUGAGCCACCAAACCCUACAAACGUGGCGGAGACUUUGCAACGGAUAAAAGAGAAUGAUCCUCACCUUACUGACGUUAACCUGAACAAUAUAAAGAACAUCCCUAUUCCGACCCUGAAAGAGUUUGCCAAGGCCCUGGAAACAAACACCCAUGUGAAGCAUUUUAGUCUUGCUGCUACAAGAAGCAACGACCCUGUUGCUGUGGCUUUUGCAGACAUGCUGAGAGUGAACAAGACCCUGAAGAGCCUCAAUAUAGAGUCCAACUUUAUCACUGGAGUGGGCAUGCUGGCGCUGAUCGAUGCCCUGAAAGAGAAUGAAACCCUGAUGGAGAUCAAAGUUCACAACCAGAGGCAGCAGUUUGGAACUCCUGUGGAAAUGGAAAUUGCAAAGAUGCUUGAAGAGAACACAAAAAUCCUUAAAUUCGGAUACCACUUCACGCAACAGGGACCACGAACUAGGGCAGCAGACGCAAUUACAAAAAAUAAUGAUUUAGUUCGCAAGAGAAGAGUGGAAGGAGACCACCAGUAAGUCGUCUUGGUGUCUGACGGGCACCGUUUGGAGGAUUCAAACCUUCUCAAGGCAUAUCUGCUUCGCUCGGGCAAUCUCGAGUCUCCUUUUUUACCUGGGUAGAAGGGAAAAGACUGGAAUCACCAUUCCUUUUAUUAUUAUUAUUAUUUUUUUUUUUUAAGUAUUGAUAUGCGUGGUAACCAACACAUGUAUGUUUGAAACCUUGUAGUCACAUCUGCCCAAGGCCGGGUUUUGAAAACACUUCAAGACUUGGGUCAGUGUUUUCCACUAAGGUAAAUACCAAUUCUAGAAUCUCUGCGAUAGCUACCUAAUAUCCAGCUAUAAAGAUCAGUGGGCAAAUUUGGAGAGAUUUGGGGGAGGGUGUCAGUCAGAAAAUCUGGAGUGCUCGAUUAAAUAUUGUGAAUUUGUAUAUUUGGAAAACAGUGUUUUAUUGAAAAAGGGCUUCUUCCUGUGGGAACAAAAGACUCUUAAAUACUUCCUUUGCCCUCUUUUUUCAUUAUAUAAAGAUAAAUAAUUUACAGUUAACCCCUUUUGUCUUUAAUGCGCUCGGACCAUUUAGGAUACUUUCAAGAUGACAGAGAUUAAAACUUGAAAUGUAUAAGAGGAGAUUAUUCCGCUUCAAGGAGUGCUUUUGCUUUUUUUUACCUUUCGGGAUAAACUACGCUGAUUAACGUGGAGACAGAGGGCCUUUAUGGGAUUGUCUGACC